AUGAACCAAGCCCGACCCCAAGUCUCGACGUCCGGGGGCACCGUGUCGAGUAGUCCAUUCUCCUGCAAUGUCUGCAAGAAGAGCUAUACUCGAAUUGACCACUUGGCCCGACACUUCCGCUCACAUUCGAGGGAACGCCCAUAUGUUUGCCAGUCCUGCGGCAGGUCAUUUGCGCGCACCGAUUUGCUCAGACGACAUGAAAUCAAUCACCAUUCCACCAAAGCAGACGACCCCGUAGGCUCUGGACCACCGACCAAACGCAGUCGAACAGCAACCAAGGGCAAUCGACCAAGGGCUGUGCAAGCUUGCCGUGCCUGCGCCGAGGCCAAAUUAAGAUGUGAUGGAACUCCGACUUGCCUGCGAUGCCGCGACAAGGGCAUCACGUGUGAAUUCCCAGGAUCUCGCCUGACUGUCGUUCACGAAUCCGAACCUCCUGCCACACAUGACGACUGCACCACAUCCCCCACUGAGAUCAUGCAGCAUCUCCUGGGUUCUACCUCUACCUCACACACCAACAAUUCUGGGGAAAAUGCGGAACUCUCGCUGUCGGAUGGUGGCACUCGUUCCGUGUCCUCGCAGGUUCCGACUUUCCAGGCAUUUGGGCCACCAUCGACCCUCCCCGCUCCCAUGCUUGAACAGGGAGUCAUGUUGAACUUUGAUGGCCUCACGCACCUUGACGCCUUCGAUGCCUCGAGCGAGACCGCCGCAUCAUUACUUGACCUCCAACACCUCUUGGGCGAUGACUCGCUCCCCAGGGACGUCCUAGAUUUUGGAGUCGAUCUCACCUUCGAUACGCCCAAUGUUUUCCACUCAGAGUUCCAUUUACCGGUGGAUCAAUCGGUGUCGCGACCGGGACAUGGUUUUGUCGAUGAGGACUUCACGGCCAAUCGCAGUGGGUUUGCCACUCCGGGCCUGCGAGGCAAGGUGAAUAUCAUAGCAAGUGUUCAAGCCUUCAAAGAGUCAUUGUGGCUUUGGACACCGGCUGCGCAGGACCGCCGAGCUCUUGAGCAGCGCAAUCUUUCCCUCGCAUGGGACAGCCCGUCGCCGGGGAUCGAAUUGCGCAACGACCUUCCUCUUCUUCAGCAAGACGUCAGUGGUCUGACGAGAGGCAAGAUUCUUGCCAUGGUGCUGCGCACGUGCGAGCCUACCAUUCAUCCUCACGUCAUUUCGUAUUUCCCUAGCACAACACUGCUGACGAACCUCAUUCACAAUUUCAUCAGUUUCCAUUCGCGGGAACAGAUUAUGUGGAUCCAUCCUGCGUCGAUUGAGCUCAACAAAGAGCCUGAGUUGUUUCUCACGAGCAUGGUGGCUUCGGGUGCCAUUAUUUCGCCGAUUCAAGAGGUCAGAAAGCUAGGUUUUGCCAUGCAGGAGGCGCUGCGAGAGGCUCUCCCUCACGAGUUUGAGCACGAUAAUCGAGCUACGCGGGACUUGAGGAGCUUACAGAGUUUCGCAUUGAGCUUGGAUAUUGGCUUGUGGAGUGGGGAUCGACGAAAGAUGGAGAUCGCUGAAUGCUUUGCGAUGCCACUAUUAACAAUGGUACGCAGGGCUGGUCACUACCAGUACAAGCGAACAAUCGAGCUACCACCCAACGUUGAAGAUGAGGGCGAGGCUCUCGAAUCGAAGUGGCGCAGCUGGAUCCGGCAGGAAUCAUUCAAGCGCCUCGCGUUGUAUCUGUUUUACCGAGAUGCGAGAUCUUCAAUGUCCCUACUGAGUCAGCCAAUGGUAUCUUAUGCAGAAGUUGCCACAGCGCUCCCAUGCCAUAAGGCCUUGUGGCUCGCAAAGACAUCGACAGAAUGGAAGCAAGCCUACCUAGCGCAAAGUCACCACGGCCAUCCUCGAUUGCCGUCUUUACAAACCUGUGCGGAUGAUAGCACUACAAUUUUCGAGCAGCGAGGCACAGUCGAUUCCGAAAUGUCUUUGUUACUAACCAUCACAGCUAUCUGGCCCCUGAUAUGGCAGUUCCGCGAGAUGAAGAGCGCCGCCAAAUUCCGCACCUCGCGAGACGCGAGACAUAGCCUUUCAACCAUGAAUUCCAGGCAGCACGAGGUCACACAGAUCCUGCAACAUAUUGACCUAACCUCUACUGAAUGGCUGGGAAAAAUGAAUCCGAGUGCUUGUCUGCUACAUCAGCAGUGUUUGAUGCAUCUCUAUGUUUCGCUUGGAGAUGUUCAGUCAUUGGCGGGCAGAGAAGGCGAAGAAGAAGCUCGCCGCGUCUUCCCUACAUUGACAGCUUGGGCAGAAUCCACGGAAGCUCGGCAAGCACUUUUACAUGCUGGACAAGUCGUCCGCGCAGCCAGAGAGCAUCGACCACAUAUGCUCAGAGAUGCUACUGCAGUGGCCGUUUACCACGCAAGUCUGGUCUUCUGGGCUUACGCUGUACUGUCAAGGAGUUGCAGCGCCGAAGUAAGCCAUGAUUCUUCCAUGAUGACCAACAAUACCAUUAGGACCUCCAACCUGAUCAGACUCGAUGGCGAAAAUGGACCGGAAGUUCAACGGUUCGUGAUGUUCGGCAAAGGGGUUCCUUGCAUUGGUCAGCAAGUCGAGGUACAAGGCAAGACAUCGUUCAAGGAUGUGCCGCUCAAGGAUGCAGCAGAGGUUAUGAUCGCAAUCACGCAUGUCUUGCAGGUGCAGUACGAAAACGAGGAGACAAGCUGCCCACCACUGCUGGAAAACCUAAGCAAGCUCAUGCAGUCUCUCGGCAAGGCUACUGUGGGGAGAAGACAGCGCUGA